UGCUGUUGCUCUAGACAACAGGGAUUUCACAAUGGGCUCCAUCGGUGCAGCAAGCACGGAAUUUUGUUUUGAUGUCUUCAGGGAGCUGAGAGUCCAGCAUGUCAAUGAGAACAUCUUCUACUCCCCCUUUAGCAUCAUUUCAGCUCUGGCCAUGGUCUACCGUGCAAGAGACAACACCAGGACCCAGAUAGAUAAGGUUGUUCACUUCGAUAAACUCCCUGGAUUUGGAGAGAGUAUGGAAGCUCAGUGUGGCACAUCUGUAAGCGUCCACUCUUCACUUAGAGACAUACUCACCCAAAUCACCAAACCAAGUGACAAUUUUUCACUCAGCUUCGCCAGUAGACUUUAUGCUGAAGAGACAUACGCAAUCCUGCCGGAAUACUUGCAAUGUGUGAAGGAACUGUAUAAAGGAGGCUUGGAAUCUAUUAGCUUCCAAACAGCUGCAGAUCAAGCCAGAGAGCUCAUCAAUUCCUGGGUUGAAAGUCAAACAAAUGGAAUCAUCAAAAAUAUCCUUCAGCCAAGCUCUGUGGAUUCCCAGACUACAAUGGUCCUGGUUAAUGCCAUUUACUUCAAAGGAAUGUGGGAGAAAGCAUUUAAGGAUGAAGACACUCAAGCCAUGCCUUUCAGAAUGACCGAGCAAGAGAGCAAACCCGUCCAGAUGAUGUACCAGGUUGGUUCAUUUAAAGUGGCCAUGGUGACUUCUGAGAAAAUGAAGAUCCUGGAGCUUCCGUUUGCCAGUGGAAUGAUGAGCAUGUUUGUGCUGUUGCCUGAUGAAGUCUCUGGCCUGGAGCAGCUCGAGUCCACAAUCAGCUUUGAAAAACUUACAGAAUGGACCAGUUCUACUAUGAUGGAAGAGAGAAGGAUGAAAGUGUACCUCCCCCGCAUGAAGAUGGAGGAGAAAUAUAACCUCACAUCUGUCUUCAUGGCCUUGGGUAUGACAGACCUGUUCAGCUCAUCAGCCAAUAUGUCUGGCAUCUCUUCAACAGUAAGCUUAAAGAUGUCUGAGGCUGUCCAUGCAGCAUGUGUGGAAAUCUUUGAAGCCGGCAGAGAUGUGGUAGGCUCAGCAGAGGCUGGGAUGGAUGUUACAAGCGUCUCCGAAGAAUUUAGGGCUGACCACCCAUUCCUCUUCUUCAUCAAGCACAACCCAACCAACAGCAUUCUCUUCUUUGGCAGAUGGAUGUCCCCUUAAAGAAAAGGAAGUUGAAAGAG